CAAUUGAUGGCCAUUGUCAGUUACCUGUCACCCGGUCGUAGUCGUAUAAAAUAUUCAUGCAUUCCCAAAAAAAUGUAUCAUGUUGCAAAAUAGACAUCGUUGAUAACAUAGAAUAACAUACACCGAUCAUUUCUAGUAUACACAUACUUAAGAAUUUUAAGAUAUUUUGAUAAUCCAAAAUUAAUUACUUAUUGAUUUUUAGAUGUUAAUUUGAUCCCGUAAUUGUAUGAGUACAUUAGGCCACAAUGGACGUUGACGAUUCGGCGGUGGAUCUUAGCGUCAGAUCCUUGCCUCCGGAAUUGAGUGAAUUGCGAGCGCUGACUGCAAGCGGACUUACUAUAACUCCAGCUCAACCACCGCCACAUGGCGCGAGUGGCAAGCGGGUGCUUCGCCCCCGUUCCGAAACGCGCAGCUAUGCGGAGAGCCCGGACAUCGUGCUGUUGCCCGCUGCGCCGCCGCAUCGCAAACCAAAUCUGCCCGCGCCCGCGCCAUUCACAGAUGUAAGCAGCAAGUUGAAUGCGAGUGUGAACGUAUCAAUAACGCCGAGCGUGCCCGUGGCCGCGCCGGAGUCGCCGCGUGAACCACGCGAUGAUGAGGACUCGGAGGACGAUGAGAAUGAUCCCCCACUGCCCAUUGCUGGGCAUACAGAACUAUCAAGUGCUGAGAUAUGGGAGCGAGAGAGACGUCUGCGAGCUCUCAGAGAGAAGCUGCGCUCAGAGGAGACCCGGCUCGUGUUGUUGAGGAAACUGCGCCAGUCGCAGCAGACCACUGGAAUACCACCCGCAAAGGACACGACAACGGGCACUGCGCUCGCGGGCAGCGGAUGUGUGGUGCCGCCAGGUGUCACAGUAACCCCUGCACCACCUCCAGCACACCAACAGAACAAGAGGUCUAGUACAAGCGUGGCUGCAGGUAACAACCUGUCUUCGAGUACUCGUCGGCCUUCCAGCUUGCCCGGCGGAGCUACACUCACACCGGGGAUAUAUCGCACACAGAAUUCAGCGAGUGGUGGCGCUAGUAUCACUCCAUCAGUGACUAUAACACCUGCACCGCCGCCAGCCACACAACAUGCACAACCAAAGCCCGCUCAGGAUAAUUCCUCAGUCACCAGUAGCACAAGUGAUGCAGCAAGUUCUCGCAGUUCAGAUGACAGUCAGACGCCGGCACAGCGCCAGGCCGCAGCAAAACUCGCGCUACGCAAACAACUAGAGAAGACAUUAUUACAGAUUCCGCCGCCCAAGCCUCCGCCGCCAGAGAUGAACUUCAUCCCGUCGCCUAGCAACACUGACUUCGUGUACCUCGUCGGUCUCGAGCAUGUCGUCGACUAUCUCACCAACGAGGAGCGCAUGCCGCGCUCGAGUGUGCCGGCGGUGUGCGCGCAGUGCGGGUGUGACUUCACCGCAGUGUGGCGCUGGGAGCGAGCGCCCGCGCCCGCAGCGCGCCGCCAGGACCCCACCUUCAGCUGUGCGCCCGCAGCGCGCAGACUGUGCGAGCUCUGUGUCUCUGGGAAUGUUAAACGUGCUCUCAAGGCGGAGCACACAGCGCGCCUGAAGACGGCGUUUGUGCGCGCGCUGCAGCAGGAGCAGGAGAUCGAGCGACGUCUGGCCGCGCCCGCGCCCUCCCCGCCGCCCGCACCUCCACCUGCACACGCGCCCGCACCUGCGCACGCGCACGCGCACAACACGCACGCUGCGCACUCCUCGCACACGUCGCACUCAUCGCAUCGCACACCACAGAUGUCAGUGUCGCGAUCGUCGUCCCGUACGCCGGCACCCGCUGCCGCAGCUGCGCCCGCACAGCAGCCCGCCGCCAAGCCGUCGCAACCCUCCAACAGCAGCCGGUCGGCGAACUCUUCGGAGACGUUAUCGCGCCAUCAUUCUGAGCGAGCGCGUGAACAAGACGUGCCCGCCAAGAAAGGAUCAUCUUCGAGUACAGCCAGUCAAGGAAGCAGUUCUAGUAAACAACAUCAGCAGUUGGCAGCGGCUGCGGCUGCGCAGAUGGCGUUUGAGCAGCACAGCGCUGCUGCUAUGCAGGCGCUGCAGCAUCAACUGCUAAGAGGUCUGAGCGGUGCGGCGGGCGGCGGCGGCAUGUCUGCGGCGGCGGCAGCGGCAAUGAUGCAGUUCUCUCCGUUACUGUACACAUACCAACUAGCGAUGGCGCAGGCCUCAGCGCUAGGUAAGCGCACGGGCAAGGGUGGGGGUGGGGGCGCAGUGGGGGGUGUGGGAGGUGUGGGGGGUGCGGGGGGCGCGGCGGCGGUGGCGGAGAUGCAGCGGGUGGCUGAGGCCCAGCGUCAGUACCUGCUCGACAUGAUACCCGGACAACAUGGACGUAACCCCUGGACUAAGAACUGAACCGCACCAGAUGGAAGGUGAAAGAAGAAAUUGAGUAAUUAUGUUAAGGUAUUUUCAGUUUUAAGUAAUAAGCUAGAUAGAUAUUCAACUUAGAUACAUUUGAAAGUUUGCGUUAUUUAUACAUUAUGUUCUAGCAAUUAUUCAUAAAAAAAAUACGUA